AUCUGAUGAGCUUCUUAUGUCCCAAAUAUAUUAGCUAGCUAUAAGUCAGUAGUAACUUUUAAAAAACAAAGUAAUGACCAAAAGAUUUGGAUACUGGAGAGAGGAUGCUAUGUAAAUGAGCAGUAAAAGCAUGAAAAGUUGCUAAUAUAAUUAUUAGGGAAACUUCACAGUUUUCAGGCUAAAAUUUAAAACGAUGAUUAAGUGGAGCAGCUGAAACUCUCACUUAUCACUGAUAGAAAUGUAAAAUAUGAAAUAGUAUAACAACUUUGAUAGAGUUUCAUAAUUAACCUAUACCUGCUUACAACAGAGCAUUUCCAGACCUAGGUGUUUUAAUUCCACCCUAUCUGCAAAAUAAGUGUGUAUAAACAUAAAAUGAUUUAUUUGCCAUUGUCAAAUGUGUAGACACUCCAAUAUUUGUCAGUAAAAGAGUGAAUAAAUUUAUUUUCAAAAUGUUUAACUAUUUAGGUAUAAGAAAGAAUGGGCUACUAGUACAUCCAACACCAUGGGUGAAUCUCAAAAAUACUGUGUUGACUAAAGAAGCCUAAUAAGAAAGAUUUGUAUUUUUCAUUUAUGUGGAAUCUGUGAUGUUUGAUAUCAGACGGGUAGAGAUUUGGGAGAUUGGCUGGAAAGUGUAGUACUAAGGAGCAACUGUGGUGACUGCUGCUGUGGUAGAGGUAUAUUCGCAUGCUUCUCAAGUUAAGACAACACUAAACGCCAGUUUCAGAACUGAUUAUCUCACUAUGGCACUGUAUAGUCCAAGUCCUGAACAGACAACUGAUCAAAACUGGGUUCCAUGUUUACAUGAUGAAACUGAGAAACUAGUUCGGAAGUUAAUCCGAUUGGAUAAUCUUUUUGCCUAUUGGAACGUGAAGUCUCAGAUGUAUUAUCUUAAUGAUUAUAAUGAAUCUUUGUACAACUUGAAGGAUGGCAUUGUCAAUGAAAAUAUUAUUCCAGGAGGGUAUGAUUUUGUAUUUCGCCCCAUAUCUGCUAAUGCCAAACUUCAGAUGAAUCGCCGAUCAGAUUUUGACUUUUCUGACCCCAAAAUAAAUUUGGAUAUUGAGUUACAUAAUAUAGCAAUUGAACUAAAUAAACUACAGUAUUUCAGUAUUAUGGAACUUCUUCAAUCAGUCGAUAUGAUGGUACAAAAUCUGCCAUAUAGGAAAUUCAAACCUGAUGUGCCCCUUCACUACCAUGCCAAGGAAUGGUGGGCUUAUGCUAUACAUGGUAUUCUUGAAGUAAAUGUUUGCCCCAGUUUACGGAUGUGGUCCUGGAAGCAUAUUAGUGAACAUAGACAAAAAGUGAAACAAUAUAAAGAGCUGUAUAAAAAAAAGUUAACAAAUAAGAAGCCAUCUGUUGAAAUUCUCACAGCUUUAGAGGAGUUGGAAAAAACCUUGGAUGUCUUCAAUAUAACCAUAGCUAGACAGCAGGCAGAAGUUGAGGUAAAGAAAGCUGGAUACAAGAUUUACAAAGAAGGAGUAAAAGAUCCAGAGGAUAAUAAAGGAUGGUUUGGCUGGCUGUGGACUUGGUCAGAGUCAAAUACUACUAAACAACAAGCAGAUGUCAAACCUGGAAUUCUUGAAGAAAUGCUUACACCUGAAGAAAAAACUUUACUCUAUGAAGCAAUCGGCUAUAGUGAAACUGCAGUUGACCCGACCUUGCCAAAAACAUUUGAAGCCAUGAAGCUUUAUGUUCACUUGAAAAGUAUGUCUAUUGUUCUAAGAGAAAAUCACCAAAAACCUGAGCUGAUAGACAUUGUAGUAGAAGAAUUUAGCACUUUGAUUAUACAAAGACCAGGAGCACAGGCAAUAAAAUUUGAAACCAAAAUUGAUUCAUUUCAUAUUACUGGCUUACCAGAUAAUUCAAAAAAACCCCACCUCCUGUCUUCAUUGGAUGAUAUGUCACUCUUCCAAAUUACAUUUGAGAUAAAUCCAUUAGAUGAAACUGUUGCUCAAAGGUGUAUCAUAGAAGCUGAACCUUUAGAAAUAAUAUAUGAUGCAAGGACAGUGAAUAGUAUAGUGGAAUUCUUCAGACCUCCAAAAGAGGUACAUCUAGCACAGCUUACAUCAGCAACUUUGACAAAACUUGAAGAAUUUCGAGAUAAGACAGCAACAGGUCUGUUGUACAUUAUUGAAACACAGAAAGUUCUUGAUCUCAGAAUUAAUUUGAAGGCUUCAUAUGUUAUUAUCCCACAAGAUGGAAUUUUUAGCCCUACAUCAAAUCUACUUCUUUUGGAUCUUGGUCAUCUAAAGGUGACAAGCAAAAGUCGUUCAGAAUUACCAGAUAUGAAACAAGGUGGGGCCAACCUUGAAGAGAUAAUGCAUAGAGCUUAUGAUUCUUUUGAUGUUCAGCUAACAAGCAUACAACUGCUUUAUAGUAGAGUGGGUGAUAAUUGGAAAGAAGCUCGAAAACUGAAUGUGUCUACGCAGCAUAUUUUGGUACCCAUGCACGUCAAUGUGGAACUUUCUAAAGCCAUGGUUUUCAUGGAUAUCAGGAUGCCCAAAUUCAAGCUUUCUGGACAGUUGCCUCUUGUUUCUUUACGAAUUUCGGAUAAAAAGCUGCAAGGAAUCAUGAAAUUGGUUGAAAGCAUUCCAAAACCUGAACCUGUAACUGAUGCACCUGCCCCUAUCAAGUCAUUUCAGACUCAACCAUCUACUUUGGCAAUGUCACAGAUUUCACAGAAAGUAAUUCCUCUCUUGGAACUUCCAUCCAUUACUGAUGAUGAUUCCGAGGAGGAAUUUUUUGAUGCGCCAUGUAGUCCUUUGGAAGAGUCUCCUCCAAUUCUUACUGGAGUUAAAAGUACUCGACCCAGAAAGUUACAAAAGCAAGAAUAUUCAAGGAAUUUGUCCCAAUUUAAAAUACGAUUUGAAGUAGCAGAGGUUUUGAUUCAAUUUUAUCAUCUUGUGGGAGAUUGUGAACUACCUGUGGUGGAAAUUGAUGUUUUAGGAUUGGGCACAGAAGCUGAGAUUAGAACAUUUGAUUUGAAAGCAAAUGCCUUUUUGAAAGAGUUCUGCUUAAAAUGUCCAAAAUACUUAGAUGCAAACAAGAAACCAGUUUAUUUGGUCACAACAUUGGAUAAUACAAUAGAAGAUCUGUUAACAUUGGAAUACAUGAAGGUUGAAAAAAAUGUGCUUGACUUGAAAAGUACCUAUAACAAUGUUUUACAGCUAAUUAAGGUGAACUUUUCCUCUUUGGAUAUUCAUCUACAUACUGAAGCUCUUCUGAAUACAAUAAAUUAUCUUAAUAAUGUCUUUCCUCAACCAAUGGAAAAAUCAGCCCCAGUGUCUGUUACAGAGACUGAAGACAAAGGAGAUAUCAUUAAAAAAUUAGGUUUAAAGGUAUCCAUGAAUGAAGAUACUAUUACUCUACAGAUUUUAGCAGAAUUAUCAUGUUUACGGAUUUUUAUUCAAGAUCAGAAACGAAACAUUUCUGAAAUUAAGAUAGAAGGACUUGAUUCUGAGAUGAUUAUGAGGCUUUAGUACUGAAAUAAAUGCAAAGCUAAGGAAUAUAGUUGUUUUGGAUUCUGAUAUAAUGGCUUCUAUAAAAAGGCUGUUUAUAUCACUGGAAAAGAAGUUUUCAGCUUCAAAAUAGUUUCUACAUGGGUGCAACUGCUGGCAUUGCAUAUACAGAUAUGAAUGUGGUUGACAUUCAAGUUAAUUUAACUGUUGGAUGCAUUGAGGUAGUGUUUGUCACAAAAUUUAUAUAUUCUAUAUUGGCUUUUAUAUGACAAUUUUCAAGCAGCUAAAAAAGCCUUGGCUGAAGCAACUGUUCAGGCAGCAGAAAUGGCUGCUACUGGUGUAAAGGAACUGGCACAAAGAGUUCCAGAUUGGCAUUGGAUGUUAACAUCAAUGCUCCAGUUGUGGUCAUUCCACAGUCUGCAGUUUUCUGAGAAUGUGUUUGUUGCUGAUUUUGGACUGAUUACAAUGAAAAUAUGUUCCCAUGGUAACAGAGAGCCAGAGCAAUCCACCACCUGUGAUUGACUUGAUAACAAUAAAAGCUGAGUGAAAUGAGACUAUACAGAUCUCAUUUAUUAAUGAUACAUACCAGGAAGUCUAGAUCUACUACUGCCUUUGAACCUUGAAGUACUUGUUGAGAGAAAUUUAUCCUGGGACUGGUACCAGGAAGUUCCUUGUUUUAAUGUAAAUGCGCAGCUAAAACCCAUGGAGGUAACUUGAUGAUUUCUGUUUC